AUGAGUGGAACUGGGUCGCGGAGUAGUGGAACGUCAACCCCCCACUCCUCCCCUCCCCCACUUCCCACCCUCCCCCUCCUGCCCUCACCACCCUCCUUCCAUCUGCCUCUUCCUUCCUAUCCACCCUCCCUUGGCCUGCGUGCACAGGUACGUGUGGAACUGGGUGGAGGGGGAGUGGAGAGCAGCACUGGUUAUUCUGAGACUCAACAGGGCGGCUCUUUGUGUUGCGUGGAGUCCCCAAGGUGGGUGAGCAAGGUGAUUCGCAAGAAGCAUGCCUCUUCAGUCACCAGCGUUGCCUGGCAUCCAAACAAUCUUCUCCUAGCGACCACAUGCACAGAUAACAAGUGCCGAAUAUUUUCAGCUACAAUCAAAGGGGUUGACUCUAAGAGUUCGGAAAGCUCAUCGUCUGGUGGAUUCUCCGGGAAAUUUGGAGAGCAACUUCUUCAGCUUGAUUUGGCAUUCGGGUGGACUUUUGGGGCCAGGUGGUCACCUUCAGGGGCCAACCUCGCCUUCGUUGGCCAUGACUCCACCAUCCAUUUUAUCAACGACGUCGGCCCCUCUCUCACCCUCCACUCCAUCUCUCUGCGAUACCUCCCAUUACGCGAUGUUCUCUUCCUCUCUGAUCGGCUGCUGGUGGCGGCUGGCUUUGACUACAACCCCAUUCUCUUCAGUGCCGAUGCCAAUGGCACGUGGACGUUUGUGAGAGUAUUGGAUGGCUCGGAGGAGCCCACCUCCACUGCCACUGGCGCUGCUCUCUCUGCGAAGGACACGUUUGGUCGGUCGAUGGAGCGCGGGAACUCUCUCCGCUCCGGUCUGACCGACGCUGCACCCAAUGCCCCCUCCAUUCCCGACUCGGAGCUCUCGAAAGGACCUAGCACUGUUCAUCAGGACUGCAUCACCUGCAUUCGGCCAUUGGGAUCGGCAGACGAUUCCAUUAUUCAGCAAUUCUCGACAUCAG